GUGAUUUGGUGGUGGUGGUGAUUUGGUGGUGGUGGUGGUUGAGACGAGGCCCCCAGGACGUUUGGUGGUGGUAGAGGCGACACCCAGAGAGGACUGCGUUUGGGUGGACGUCUGUCGGGGGGUGGGGGGCGGGGGUAACAAGAGCUUUAUAGCUCAUCGGAUUCCACCGGUAUAAAUACAUAUUCAGAUUCUGGACACCAGAGCAGAGGAUUUGGUACAAGAGACCACAGGAUUUUUUUUGGUCUGGUGGCGGUGGUGGUGGUGGUGGACACGAGACCAGAGAGGAUCUGGAGGAGGGGAAGAAGAGGCCGUCGAAAUAUUUGGUGCAGCUCAAUGCUGCAGGGAAACCACGUUUAGAAGAUCGAAGCCCCCCAUUUCAACCUCCUUCGCCUGGUUGCCAUGGCCAAGUUCAGGAAGAUCGCCAUCCUUGGCUACCGCUCCGUGGGCAAAUCGUCGCUGACGAUACAGUUCGUGGAGGGUCAGUUUGUCGACUCCUACGAUCCAACCAUCGAGAACACGUUCACGAAAACUCUCCAUAUCAACGGACAGGAGUUCAACCUGCAGCUGGUGGACACGGCCGGGCAGGACGAGUACUCCAUCUUCCCCCAGUCGUACUCCAUGGACAUCCACGGCUACGUGCUGGUGUACUCCGUCACCUCCAGCAAGAGUUUUGAGGUUGUCCAGAUUAUCCACGACAAGCUGCUCGACAUGGUGGGAAGUGUCCAAGUUCCAAUUGUGCUGGUGGGGAACAAGAAAGAUCUUCACUUGGAGAGGGUGAUCCCCUGCGAGGAGGGGAAGCGCCUCGCCGAUGCGUGGAAGGCCGAGUUCAUGGAGUCGUCCGCCAAGGAGAACCAGGCCGCGGUGGACGUCUUCAAGCAGAUCAUUGUGGAGAUCGAGAAGGCCGACGGUGCCGUCCCCCAGCCCAAGAGCAGCUGCCUCGUCAUGUGACCCCGCCGCCUCCGGGUCACGUGACCACCUCCGGGGUCACGUGACCGCCUCCGGGGUCACGUGACCGCCUCGCGGUUCGAGCCCAGCGGCCGCCCCGGUUAACACUGAGGUGUGUGUUAACACUGAGGUGUGUGUUAACACUGAGGUGUGUGUUAACCGGAGUAGUAGUUGUAGUAACACUGCUACCACGCGCCGUCCGCUUCACCGUGGACGUCAAAGAUCCCGUGACGUCGUUCGCAAGGGUGGGCCCCAUCGUGUGCCGGCGCCGUGUUGCAAAUUCGCCAAAUUUGAGAUACGGCACCACGAUUGGGUUAAACCGUAAAGCAACGUGGCCCCCUCCACCCCCCCCCCCGCGCCGGAACACAGCACCGGCCCCCCACUGUCAUGCCGGUGCUGUGUUCAAGCUUGUGACGUGCAGGGACAGCACCCACCGGGGGGACCCCCCCCCUAGGCUGAGCACCUGUGCUGUGAGAUGUUUUUCGUCACGUGUGAUUGGACCAAUUAUAAAUUCAAGUAUUACGAUUCAUAACCCCCCCCCACCGACCUCCGCCCCCCACCCCCGCCUGCCCCCCAGUCUUCCCCUUGCCCCUGGGUAGUGCUUGGGCGAUGUGCAGGGAAGUUUCCGAACGAGUCAAGUUUCCCUCCCAAGCGACAUUGCGAUGGUAUACUGGAUGUGGUGUGCUGGGGUUCAGAAAUAUAAUCUAGGUCGCUGGUAGACUACAGUAGUAGGUGGCACCUGACCGGUCGUAGUCACGGCCCACUGCGAGCGAGAUAGAUGUAUACUGGAUGUGGUGUGCCGGAUGAUGGAGGGAGAGGUAUUACUACAAGUGGCGGCUGAUGUUAAGCACUGGUUACGUAUCUGUAGUAGGGGUGGGGGGGGGGUUGUGAUUUUCGUACAUUAAGUCAGAAGAAGUAUUUAGCUCCCUCCCAUACCCCCCUUGCAUGCCGCCCGUUUUUAGCAUCGGAACGCCUCGAGGUGAAGUUGAAAGCGUUUGUACGUUGCCGCUGUCCGUCCGCGUGUAACCGCGGGGGGAGAGGAGGGUUGGGGGGGGUUUCGAUGACUCCCGUGGAGGUGAUCCGACCUUGAGCGUGAAGUUCGACGUCGGAUCACCUCCCCCCCCCUCCACGUACAGAACGACAUUACGAAAAUCUAGGAAUGUCGUAAGAUAAGACGUGUCACAGCUGCCAUUCCACGAGGGAGUUGGGACAUUUUGGUAAGUUAGGAGGGUGGUUGGGACCACUCGCUCCAUUGCGCAUUUGGCAAAGUGACAGUCAAAUUAAUAAUGCUUUAUGAUAAACCUUAAUCACAAAUAUACUUACCUCAACCACAGACUGGCUGAAGGAGAGGUCUGAUGACUUUGCGGCAGCCAUGUUGCAUGGGGGGGGGGGGGAAUUCACGGCGGCCAUGUUGCAUGGGGGGUUGUCCUGGCAGCCGAUUGGUUGGCGCAGUGGGACUGAUGACAUCAACCCCCUGGCAACCGCUGCCACGCCCACAGCGUUGCGAUCUCACUCGAUUUCCUCUUCACUUUUAGGAUCUUUCGGUAAUCUCUAUAGUUGCUGGAUUUUACGAAAAAAAUCUCUACACGGGGCCUCUAGUGUAUGCUGCACCCCAAGAAAGUCGCUCACCAAAUUGGUUUUAAUGUGUUUAUUUGCCUCUUCCCCCCUCCAUAAAGCAGUGCCCAGCAUUCGAAGGAAGAACUCUAUAACCCACGUGGGAAAUUGGCACGAUAGGGUAAGCAGCUUGGAGGUUAGGAAUAUAACUGCGUGUGUAAGGAGAAAUAGGAUCACUGGUGGUGUUAUAUUUAUUUGUGUUUUUGUUUACUUAACUUGGGAGGCCCUCUCCCGAGUCUCAAGGCUGCUUUUGAAUCAACGUCUUAACUGCAUUUGGGAUCGUUUGGCCAAUUCCGCUGUGAACGAGCGUUUCGCUUGGCGCACAUACGAGGAGGAGAUAACGGCUGGCUGGGAUCGCGAUGACCUCUUGACCUUUU